AUGGAGCCCACACUGGGCCCGGACAGCCAGGAAGCGUUGUUCUCGAAGUUAUAUGGAGAACACGAACCAGUGGCGAUAAUUGGUAUGGCGUGUCGACUUCCUGCUGGAGCGACCAAUGUAGAGAACCUGUGGAACUCGCUUGCAAGUGGCCAAAGUGGUUGGACUCUUCAUCCAGAAAAUCGACACACGCCCAACUUCCACUAUCACCCUAAUCCCGACAAGAGAGGAUGCUACAAUACCAAGGGAGGACACUAUGUAGAGGAAAACAUUGCUCGAUUCGACGCGCAAUUCUUCAGUUUGACACCAGCCGAGGCAACGGUAAUGGAUCCUCAACAGCGUCAUUUGCUGGAAGUCAGCUAUGAAGCGCUCGAAAAUGCCGGCAUCACACUGUCCAGUGUCGCAGGCACUAACAUGGGGGUAUUCAUCGGCAGUUCCUAUUCUGAAUAUCGCACUCACAUGUGGAAAGACCUCGACAAUCUUCCAAUGUUUGAGGUGACCGGCAAUGCGGAAUCGCUUUUGAGCAAUCGGAUCUCCUACGGAUUUGAUCUUCGGGGUCCGAGUAUGACUAUUGAUACAGCUUGUUCCUCGAGCCUUGUUGCCUUGAAUGCCGCAUUCAAGAGUCUGCAGGCCGGGGAGUCAUCCGCGGCCAUUGUUGGCGGUUCGCACCUGAAUGUUCUGGCAGAAUCGUCGGUGUCGUUAUCGACUACAAGGCUACUCUCUUCUGAUGGAAGAUGCUAUGCUUUUGAUGAUCGGGCUAUCAGUGGAUAUGGACGUGGCGAGGGUACGGGGUGCAUCAUCCUCAAGCCUUUGAAAGCUGCAUUAAAGGCCGGUGACUCAAUACGAGCAAUCGUUCGAAACAUAGGAACGAAUCAAGACGGCAGAACAGCUGGUAUCACAUUGCCCAACAACAAAGCGCAGACGGCGCUCAUUCGAGAGGUGUACAGCUCAGCAGGUUUAGAUCCCCUGGAGACAGACUUUAUUGAAGCCCAUGGGACCGGCACCGCCGCCGGUGAUCCUAUCGAAGCCGCGGCACUUUCGGAAGUUUUCGGACGUGCAUCCGAGUCGCGCAAAGUUCUUAUUGGUUCACUGAAGUCGAACAUUGGUCACUUGGAAGGGGCUAGUGGGAUCUGCUCGGUAAUCAAGGCUGCUCUGAUGCUGGAACGCAAGUUUCUGCUGCCCAAUUGCGAUCUGCAGACGCCAAAUCGCAAGAUACCUUUCGAGAAAAGCAACAUGAAGGUCUCUGACAAGUACGUACCAUGGGAUAGUUCAAGUAUGCGGCGGGUAUCUGUGAACAAUUUUGGCUUCGGAGGUGCGAACGCGCACGCUGUAUUGGAAGAAUCCUCCUUCCCGGGCAAGACAAAAUCUUACGUUGCUACCCCGCUAGACACUCGGAAUAGAUCUAAUGAUCGGGAUCCCUCCACCAAAUCGAGUACGAAACAGCACCUUUACGUCUUCUCUGCCAAUGACCGAGAAUCGCUUGAGCGUCAGAUCUCUCUGGUCGCGGAGUACGCGAAAGAACGCCCGGUCACCAUGUACCCGGAGCUUAUGAGGUCCUUAGCUUUCACACUCGGCCAGAGAAGAUCAAUCCUUGCGUGGAAGUUCGCCGUCCUGGCUUCAAAUCCUGACCAAUUGGUUUACGACCUAAAAGAUACAGCACUCGCUCCCGUCAGGUCAGGAGAGCAUCCCAAUAUUGGGUUCAUCUUCACUGGUCAAGGCUCGCAAUGGCCUACGAUGGGGAAAUCCCUGUACCAUACAUAUCCUGCUUACGCGCUCACAGUGCGCGAGGCUGAUCGAAUUUUGACUGAACUCGGAGCUUCAUGGUCCCUCAUUGACGAGUUGGAGAAGCCUCAAGAAACCUCAAUUAUCAACAGCGCUCACAUCAGCCAGCCUGCAUGUACGGCCCUGCAGAUCGCCUUGGUGGAUUUGCUUUCGUCUUGGGCUGUUGUUCCCCAUAGUGUCACUGGGCACUCUAGCGGAGAGAUUGCUGCAGCAUAUGCUGCAGGUAUACUUCGCCUCGAAGCAUGUAUGGCGAUCGCUUACUACAGGGGACUUGUCGCGAGAACGCUGACGGAGGACUUCAAGGAUAUCUCCGGAGGCAUGUUGGCUGUCGGAGCCAGUGAAAAGGAUACUCAGGCUCUGAUAGAUGAUAGCGCGCACGGUCAAGCGAUCAUCGCCUGCGUCAACAGCCCCAAUAGUAUGACAGUGUCUGGUGACGCCGACCAGAUAUCACAGACAGGAAGAUUGGCUGAUACGCGAUCGAUCUGGAACAGAAGACUGAGAGUCGACGUCGCAUAUCACUCUCAUCACAUGAGAUACGUUGCCGACAAGUACAAAUCACUUCUAGGAAAGGUGGAACCCAGUUCUCAAACCACGGUCGAAUUCCAUUCAUCACUGAAGGGAGCUCGAGUUGCGCCAUCAACGCUGACAGCUACUUAUUGGGUGGAAAACCUCACUUCGCCGGUGCUUUUCUCACAGGCAACUCGAAGCAUGUGUGGGAUAAGCGGGGACUUGACUGAAAGGAAUGUCGAUAUCCUCGUGGAGAUCGGCCCUCACUCGGCAUUGCAAGGUCCCGUGCGCCAGAUCUUGCAAUCAGUCGAGGGCAGCUUCCGUAAAAUCCAAUACAUGCCCUCUCUUAUUCGUAACGAAGACAGUGUCUCAGGUAUGCUGCUAUUGUCGGCCCGUCUUUUCACGAGUGGGUGUCGGAUGCAGCUGGGAAAUAUCAACUUUCCCAAAGGGGAGUUACCGAAUAUCUUGACAGAUCUACCCCCUUACCAGUGGAACCAUGGGAAAGAGUACUGGCACGUGAGCAGAACCAGCCAAGAAAUGCAGACAUAUUCUUCGCAACGGCAUGACCUCUUGGGGAACCGUGUGCCAGAUUGCAGUGUUUUAGAGCCGCAAUGGAGAAACGUAAUCAUGGCAGAUGACGUUCCCUGGCUCCGUGACCACAAGGUCCAAGGCCUUACUGUCUUUCCUCUUGCAGCAUAUCUCUGCAUGGCGAUGGAAGCUUGCCGGCAAAAAGCAAGCUGGAAGGGGAUCAAGUUCAAUUCUAUUGGGUUUCGGGAGGUCUCCGUCCAUCAAGCUCUAGCCAUUCCAGACUCGACGUCCGUUGAGCUCAGGUUGUCUCUGACGCCGUUCCAUGAAGGCCCUCGGUCAUCAUCAGAUCGUUGGAGCCAAUUCAGAGUGUUUUCCUGGAGUUUGGAGAGAGGCUGGUUGGAGCACUGCCGUGGCCUUGUAGAGCCUAGAAGUGCGGACGCGACGAAUCCAAUCGAGAACGAAGUGGCAAUACGAAGCCGUCUCCAGAGCUACGCAGAAGACCUUUCGCGAGGAACAAGCCUCUGCACCCGCCCAGUCGAGGCUAAAGGGGUUUAUCAGGCGGUAGCCGACGCAGGCUUCGAUUAUGGGCCCAUGUUUCGGCAGAUGGAGCAGGUAAUGAGCGGGCCAUCGUGUGCGAUGCACAACGCCAUCGUCCCGGACACUCCUGCUUGCAUGCCGGUCAACUACGAGUCAGACUACAUAAUACACCCAAUAACCCUGGACGUUAUCUUCCACGGAGCUGCAGCGUUGUUGGUAAAAAGCGGUCUAUUCUCCAAGGCGCCUUACAUGCCCGUUGCAAUUCGAGAGAUGACAGUGUCACUUGAGUUGUCAAAGCAGCCUGGAGCGGUGUUCGAAGUUUAUACGCGGACCCAAGAGCCUGACACAUUCUCUAGGAGACAGAUAUUCGAUAUGGAUGUCAAGGACGUGCGGAAUCCAUCGUAUGGAUGCGGGGUUUCGAUCAGAGGUUUCACCGAAGUUCCUGUGCAGCAGUCCCAGACCAACCAAGAUGUCGGAAGAGCUCGAUGUCUGCGAACGCAAUGGGAACCUUGCAUGACUUACCUGCCGCAAUCACAGGGCAGUAAAGGUCUCCCCGUGAGCGCGCUUGGGUCAAUUGAUGGUAACGACUACCAGCAAUGCUAUGGGUUUGCGGCGAAGCUCGUUGGAAAGUUGGCCCAUCAGAACCCGGGACUUCGGAUUCUAGAGAUUUCCGCAGGCACCACCAGUGCGACAGUCCCAAUACUAGAAUUACUGGGAGGUGCUGCUGAGGAACCCGCCAGGUUUGUGCAGUACGACUUCACAGAUACGUCUCCGGACACCCUGGAGACUGUAAGGGCAAAGCUGGCUCCUUGGGGGAAGCUUGUCAACUGCAAAACGUUAGACAUUGAGCUUCUACCACAAGACCAAGGUUUUGAAUCCCAGUCUUACGAUGCUGUUGUUGUUACUGCAUCCAACCAUCUUCUCGAUACGGCCUUUACGCAAAAAGCAAUAACACACAUCCGGUCCCUGCUUCAACCUGGAGGCAAAUUAAUCAUUGUCGAGGACACGAACCUCGAGAAAUCUCUAAGGUCGUCCCCGAGCUGGUCGCUCGACGGCCAACAAAGCACUGAUAGCCAUCUUAUGAACGGUAGUAAUCAUCUUCUGAAUGGUAACAGUCAUCGUGUGAAUGGUAACAAUCAUCAUGUGAAUGGCAACACACCCCAGAAAGACUGCACCACGACCAGUCAAGCCCGAACAAAAGCUCUUUUCGAAGCAAACGGGUUCUCUGAGCUUGAUUUUAUUCCGCAACACUACUCCGAGGAUGCACAACAUGCUGUCAGUGUCGCAUUCGCUACCGCCGCUCCGAUAGGCACUACGCCUGAUGAGACUGUAGUUGAUUUAAUCGUCGUCGCACAAGGGCUCCCCGAAGGGGCUUCUAAAGCUGACUUUGAGAACGUUCUGAACGUCUGGGGUCCAAGGACUGUGGUAUGGGUGCAAUUUGCUGAACUGGCGGUUACAAACCUCAGUGGAAAGCAUUGUAUUGUCAUUGACGACCCAAGAUGCCCGCACUUGACCACUAUGACUGCUGACUCUUUUAGAGGAUUGAAGGCCUUGUCUCAAGCGGCUGGGGUCCUUUGGAUUACAGGCGGCGUGACGUCUCCGGAUGCCGGAACUGUGAGAGGAUUGACGAGGACCCUCCGCUCAGAAUCACAGAUCACCAACCUCGUGACCCUGGCAAUCGACGACUGGGGGUUCCCGUCCAGCAAUAUUGUUGACCUCGUUGGUCAAAUCUUUGAGCGCUCAUUCUUCUGCUCCUUCGCGCAGACUGAGUACGACACCGAACUUGCUGUGAGAGAUGGUGUUGUUUACAUUCCUCGACUCGUUCAUGACAAUGCCCUGGACCAACACCUGAACCGAGAGACUCAUAAAGGCUUCAGGGACCUUCAGCCUUUUGUACAAGAAGGGCGACCACUGAAACUGACCGUUGCCAGUCCUGGAUUUCUCGAUACUCUAUGCUUUGUGGAAGACAAGCAGGCAACGAAACCUCUGCUCGACGACGAGAUCGAGAUCGACGUCAAAUCUGCGGGCUUGAACUUCAAAGAUGUCAUUCUGGCUCUCGGACAACUGGCCGGCAAUCAUCUCGGACAAGAAUGCUCUGGCGUGGUCACUAGAGUCGGACUCGACGUUCGUGCAAUCAGACGAGGUGAUCGAGUCUGUGCCGUAUCAGGAAGUACUAUUGCCAAUCUCGCCCGAUGUAAAGCCGAUUGUGCCGUGUUGCUACCUGAUUCUAUAUCGUAUCCGCAAGGGGCUUCGAUUCCAAUCAUCUAUUGUACCGCCCAGUACUGCCUCGCCCACGUGGCUCGUCUUCGCCCCGAUGAGACUGUUCUAAUCCAUGCAGCCGCGGGCGGUGUCGGUCAAGCCGCCAUAAUGCUAGCUCAAGCGACAAAGGCUCGAGUCCUUGCGACUGUUGGGAGCCCAGAGAAGAAAGAAUUCUUGAUGCAAAAAUACAAUGUCCCUGAGGAAUGCAUUUUCUACAGUCGCAACACUUCCUUUGCGAAAGGAGUCAUGGAGGCUACGUGCGGUAGGGGUGUCGAUGUCGCCCUGAACUCUCUUGCCGGGGAGCAAUUAAGCGCUACGUGGGAGUGUAUGGCUCCGUUCGGAAGAUUCGUUGAAAUUGGCAAGCGAGACAUCACCGGCAAUACGAACUUGGAGAUGGCCCGAUUCGAACAGAACGUCAGCUUCACAGCUGUGGAUUUGACGGCAUUGGUCCAGUACAAGCCUAGAGUGCUGCAAGAAGUCUUCAAAGAGGUCAUGGACUUGUUCCGUCAAGACAUCGUCGCGCCUGUCAGUCCAAUUCACGAGUUUGCCGUGUCGGAGGCCGAGACGGCCUUUCGGUCGUUGCAAAGCGGCAAGCUGAUGGGAAAAUUGGUCAUAGUGCCCAAGGCAAAUGACACAGUGAUGGCAACCCGGUCUUUACUCGAACCAGAUAUACUUCGCGCUGAUGUCUCGUAUUUGAUCACUGGCGGCACCGGCGGAAUAGGACGUGCCAUAUGCCGGUGGAUGGCGCAACGUGGAGCGAAGAACAUCAUCCUAGCUUCUCGAAGCGGCAAGACUCAAACCGUGGCACAGAAUUUGGUGGACGAACUAAGCUCGAUCGGCAUCAAAGUCGAAAUUCGCAAGUGUGAUGCCAGUAUCGAGGCCGACAUGCGUCUUCUCAUCUCAGAAUGCGCAAAGAUAAUGCCACCCAUUGGGGGUGUUAUCCAUGGCGCAUAUGUCAACAAGGAUGUCCUUUUCGAACAAGCAGUAUUCAGCGACUGGACGGACGUGAUCCGGCCGAAAGUCGACGGCGCCAGGAACCUCCACGAAACGCUGCUCGACCACAAACUCGACUUCUUCAUCAUGCUCUCCUCCAUCAGUGGCGUUAUUGGUAACCGCGGCCAAGCAGCUUACGCGGCCGCCAACAGUUUCCUCGACGAGUUCGCCCACUACAGGGUGUCCAAAGGCCUUCCAGCUACAUCCAUCGAUCUGGGCGUGGUCAAAGAAAUCGGCUUCGUGGCCGAGAGGCCCGAGCUCCAAGCCGGCCUCGAAUCUCUCAGCGGCGACGCCACCCUCAACGAGGCGGACGUCCUUGCAUUGAUCAAGUUGGCCGUGACCGGUCAGAUCGACAAACAUGCCGAUCACCAAUGCACGAUCGGCCUCGACUUUGACAACUACAACCCGAAGCACGCCGCGUUCUUCUGGGCCACCGACGCCCGCUUCUCGCACCUUCGCCGCGCGGCCGGUACCGCCGGGGGAUCGGACGGCGAGGGAUCCGGCAUGACGCCGAGGAAGGCUUUGAAGCAGGCCCGCAGCCUGGAAGACGCCACGCGCGCCGCCUCGGACGGCCUGAUCGGCAAGCUCUCCGGCGUGCUCAUCAUCCCCGCCGACGAGAUCAGCACCCAGAAGCCCGUCGUCGCCUUGGGGCUUGACUCGCUGAUCGCGAUCGAGGUGAGGAGCUGGAUCACCCGGGAGAUGGAGGCGACGAUGAGCACGUUGGAGUUGAUGACUAGCUCGAGCAUCAAGGGGCUGGCGGAGAUGAUCGUGGCGCGGUCGAAGCUGUGUGAGGGGUUGAGGAAGGAGGGGGCGGAUGACGCUGGGUCGGGGUGA